AUGUUGGAAUGCUGGCUAGUGGGCAUGGAAAAGACCUGUAGCAGAAUCAAACUACCACAUACAGUGCCAGUGGUUAUUGGACGAGGACCAGAGACACAGAUUGUGGACAAAAAAUGUUCCAGACAGCAAGUGCAGCUGACAUCAGAUUGCAACAAAGGUUAUGUGAAGGUCAAGCAGAUAGGAACUAACCCAACUUGUAUUGACAACGUGGACAUUAGGAAAGAUCAAGAAGUAAAGCUGAAGCCUGGCCAUGUCUUAUAUGUAGUAAAUAAGCUGUAUCCUUACACUGUAGAAUUUGUAAAAGAACCAGGCCAGGCUGAUUCCAGAGACCAACAGAAGAAAUACACCAGCAAGAGACCAUAUGAGAAUUCUCAAAAUAAGAGCAUAGAAACAAUGUGCUCAAAAAUGCAAUCUAAUGAAGUGCUGGAUGUUAACAAGAGCACCGAUGAUACUGCAGCUAAGCAACAACGUGCUUCUCAGUCUGGAGCAGGACACUGGAGCCAAGGGCUAAAGGUUUCUAUGCACGAUCCCAAAAUGCAGGUCUUCAAAGAUGAUAAAGUAGUAGUAAUCAAAGACAAGUACCCCAAGGCACGCUACCACUGGCUGGUUUUACCAUGGCAAUCCAUCUCCAGUCUAAAAGCACUUAGAUCAGAACAUUUGGAGUUGUUACAGCACAUGUAUGAAGUUGGCGAGAAUGUUAUACAGGAACAUUCAUCUCUGAGUAGAGCAAAGUUUAGGCUUGGGUACCAUGUUAUUCCAAGCAUGAGCCAUAUUCAUUUACAUGUCAUAAGUCAAGAUUUUGAUUCUGAUUGCCUAAAAACCAAGAAACACUGGAAUUCUUUCACUACAGAAUAUUUUUUAGAUUCUGAAGAUGUGAUUGACAUGAUAAAACUAAAAGGAAAAGUGGAGGUAAAAGAUGGAGCAUCCGAGCUUCUUAAAUCUUCUCUAAAGUGCAAUGUAUGCAGAGUUCAGCAAGCCACUAUUCCUCAGUUAAAGGAACACCUAAAGAGUCACUGGACCUAA